AUGUCUUUCCUUCAUGGAGUUUUAAGUAACAUUCAGCCUAAAUUAGGCCAGCAUAAAGAGCUUAUAAAGCCUGCAAUUGAGUCUCUUAACACCCAUAAACACUCUGGUAAAGAAGGUUUUAAUGCUGCGAUUGUCAAGGUGGUGGAGCGGGUGAGGCAGUAUAAUGAGGGUGUGAGGGAGGGGAACAAUAAGGUGAGUGGACCGAUGAUUACUUUCAUUAGCAAAAUGAAUGAUCUCCAAAGGCAGGUGAGUGGAAUCUCAGAAAAUAAUUUUCAUACAGGUGAAAUUGACAAGGCUGUGGAGGCCGUCGACCAGAAGGUGGACGAGUGUAUUAAGAAAGAUGGUGGCUAUGCCUAUAACUUUAUCAAAAACAUUUCACAUGCCAAGAAACACGUAGAUGAUUUAUCUGAACACUUAAAACAAAAAGUUAAUAAUGCUAAAGAUAUUCUUGUCGAUGAGCGUAAGAGGCUUCAUGAAAUUCAUAAGACGCUGCAGAAAGAUAAGGAUGAACAUAUUGCCUUAGUUGGUAGUAAGUUAGAUAAUGCUAGAGAGCAAAUUAAUACGCAGAUUCAGACAGAUGUGAAAAAGCUCUCGGACGACUUAACGUGUAAGGUUCAGAGCAUCGGGGACCAGCUUCGCGUCGUAAAUGAGUUGCUCGAGCAGUGGAUGGAGAAGCUGCAGAAAUGGAUUGACAACGCUGAUAAAAGCGUUCAAAAUGCCAUAGGUGAAGCCGGUCGAAUUGAGCAAAAAGAGCCCGGUUUGCCAAAUCAAAAGGCAUUAGAACAAAUUGGAAAGGAUCUGUGCACAUGGAAGAAGACACUGGAAGAUUAUAUAAAUAAUACAGUGAAGCCGGACUUUACAAGGUUGAUACGGGAAGCUACAGAGGCCGUUGAUGGUUUGAAUGCUCAGCUUAAAGAGGAUUUGGGGAGGAUGGAGAGGGAGAUUUAUGAACCCCUCAGCACUCUUAAAAUGAGUUCGGCAAACUUCAAAACGUCAUUUGAAAAUACAAAAAAUGCGAUCGACAAAGCCAUUAAGGCAGUGGAAGGAGAUAUCGAGAAGCUACAGGAUCUUUCGAAAAUUGACGGGAUUCAAAAUGGAAAAGGUAGCAGUGUUACGGCAAAAUUACUGAAAGCAAUCGGCGGAACUGAAGACCCUUUUAAAUCUAUUAAAGAUUAUUUUGGCAAACUUGACACCGAUGUCAUGACGCCUGUAAAGGAUGCGAUAGAGAAGAUUGCAACCGGGUUAGGAAAUCUUGUUAAGGUCGGCAGAGAUGAGAUGGAGAGUGCAUUUUCAAGUGUUAAAGAGGAACUUAGAAAGAAAAUUCAAGAUGUGCAGAAAUUUGUUAAUGGUACACUUCCAUCCACCGAAUUAAAUGCUCUUAACACACUUCUCGGUGUUGACAUAAAGGCGCCCGAUCUCAAAAGGUAUGACUCCCACGUUCAACGUGUAGCAAAAAAACUCAAUGGAGGUAGUGAAAAAUUGGAAAAAGGAGAUAUUAAGAAUCUCCUCAACGUCUUACGGGAAGUUGCUCAUACUGCAUCCCAGCACUCCCACCAGGUUGUUGGGGCGGUCAUGAAUAAGAUUAAGGACCAGCUAACUGAAGAGCUGGGAGAGGUAGCGGGGGCUAUAUACGAAAAGGCCGGAAAAUGUUCCGACCUUGCUGGUAGUAAUGGAGGCACCGGUGAAUUUGGCGUGACAGUCUCCGGCCUCCAGAAGCUAGUAGGUGAGUUUGAUGGUAAAAUUAAUACGAAACUAGAAGAACUGAAAACCAAUAUUGGAACGGUGACUUUUAAAAAAAUGCCGAAUGGCGGUAUCCAAGACAUCGACGUCGAGCAGACCUUGCCGUUAUAUAAGACGCACAGAGACAGUGCGGUCAGCGAUUCCCUCAAAGCUAUCACCCACUACUCCGAUAACAUAUUCAGCGUUACGCCGACCAUAAAUAAUCUCAAAGAAUGGUCCGACCAGAUCGAGAAGCACGUCAAAGGCCUCGUGUAUGCUUUCGAACAAGCUGGUAAAAUUCUUAAGGAGCAAUUGGAUAAACAUAAAAUGGACAUCGGCAAAAGUCCACUGGAAGUUGUCGGCAGUCUCCAAAAUCUCCACGGCAAACUUGGCGACCUCCGAACUAGGGAAUUAGGGAAAGCCAUAAAAAUGGCGAAGGACUUCGAACAACAAGCCUCCGCCGCAAGCCAAAAAACCAUCGAGGCACUCGAACAACACGUCAGGGAUACACUUGACGCCGCCAAAACAUCCAUCACCAACGACCUGAAAUCCCGCUACGUCAAAUUCAUCAAGUCGCAGCUCACAAAGUUCGCCGAGAAAGUAGAAAAGGAAAUCGGAACGCUCCCAAAAGACAUAACAAAAGAUGCCGACAAGGGCUUUAAAGGCUUCAUGGGAGUGCUCGAGCAGAAAUUGACGGACAGUAAAUUGAACAGCGAAUUGGAUGGCGACGCAAAAUUAGAGACACUGUCCAGCAGGGCAAAAGUAUUCUUCACUGAGCUGUUCAAGACGCUGAACAUGCGGCCUCAAAUCAUGGACUCUAAUAACCUCUCGAAGCUACGAAGCAAACUAGACACUCUUUUCACUGACCUCACCAAAUACAACACUAAAUUCGUUAAUGACUUAUCCGCACUUAACACUUUACUCACCGAUAUGCAUCCCGAAUCAUACGCCAACCAAAGCAACCCGCUGCUGCAGUUCCUCAAAGGAGGCAUAACAGAUAUGCACGGGGAGCUAGAUAAGGCGUAUGUAUCAGUGUACGAUAGUGAGAUUAUCACAAUAUAUAACGACAUAACUAAGAGCAUAACCUCUGAUGGUACAAAGUGCGCGAAAAUUGUGCUCACCAUUGUGCCCACCGUAUAUCACACCUUAACACAGCUCAGAAGAGAGCUUCAUGAAUCAGACGGCAAAUGGAACUCUUAUAACAUAUAUGAUUCCAAAGAGUCCCACCAUAGCUUACAUAGACUAUUCUUUAAUGAUAAUGGUUACGAUACCGGCCUUGCCGGUAAAGUGGAGCACGGCGAACUGAAUCACAAGUCUGGGUUCACGGGUCAGAAUAUUCUUACCAAACUCAACGACACAACUCAUAAUUUGUUUGUGACUAAUAAACAGUCACUUAAAGCAUCUGCCAUCGCUCCUACAUCCGAUGACAUACCCUUCGAAUACACGGGCGAGAACGGUGUCAUCCCAAGCCUAUAUGAUUACCUUAAGAAAUACUUCAAUGUAUGCCAUUAUACGCAUAUUAAAUCACCCAGGAUACCGUGCUCCGUUUAUGAAAUGUUACUUUGGGUUUGCGGUUUACAGUUCAGUCCCGUAUUCAAACCACUUUUAGAUCACGUUAACGAAUUAUUCAUGGUGCCCAUUGAUGGAGACCCAUCGAAAAAAACCCUUAAGCCUAUCGAUGCCUCACCGUCCACCAUUAGCGCCAGCGACAUUUGUACAACUAUUGAAGAGAUAUGUUUUAAAUCCUACCCUGUCCUCACUACUAUUGCGGGCCACGGAGACGCCUAUACGACAUACGCCUGUGAGUUCUCUACUAACUCCCUCAAAUUCAAAUAUCCCACAAGAGGUGAGGAAUGCUUUCAACUCUUGCUCGAUAUCCUCCGUAAACUAUUCCCUCCACUUAGAUUUUUGUUUGGUCAAUGUAGUAACCCGGCGUCUGAGCAUGGUUGGUUGAAGUGCCAGUACGGCAGGGACAUUACUACAGUCAAUCAGCCCUGCAAAGCGCAUUCAACCGACAAGGCAAAUGGACAGUCAACGUCUAAACCUAUGUGCCAACCAAAUGGUCAUCCAAAUGACCAACCAACGUGCCAACCUAGAUCACCACUUAUGAGCUACCUAAAUGAUACCUUACCCGGUCACUUGCCGCACCAACUCAACUCGGUUGGCUGCAAGUCUGUAUGUAAAUCGUGCCCUGGUAGUACACCCGGAAUGCCUUGCUUGACACCUCUGGGAUUCAGGGAAUUUUCUGGCAGUAUUAAAACGGGUAAAGACAUAUGCGACAUACUUGGUGACUUGUUUGAAACUAACAAUAUAUCUGCCGUGUUCUGCCUAUCGCCUAAGCCACCGUCUACAUUGCCAGAGCAUUUUGGUUUUGCGUUGUAUUUAGUUAAGGGCUGGCUUCAUAGUUCCCAAUCUAAGAAAGCCACCAUGAACAAAUUCACCCUUCAAGCGUCAUUUGAGUCAUCUAUCACUAACACAUCCAUCAAGCUGUUCGAAAAUGCGGAUCGCUUUACAAAUGCCCUUGCCAACGCAUAUGGAUCUGACUCUGUAAGGCAUUCCGAAUGCCAACAUCCUCAUUUGAUGAAUCUCACAAUUACUGACUUCUGCAACAGCAACAUAAAAAGGAUAGAAUGCGCUCCCUACCUUUCGAGUCUUUAUAGUGAUGCCUAUCACCACCUUGCCAACAAACAUUCUAACACCUAUUUAUCAUGGGCGGUUUACUUGCCAUGGGAUUUCUGGAGAAAUAUUUUCUGCAGGGAAUGGGGAUGUCGUCGCUGUCUACAUCACGGAGCCUGUACACCAGGGAGUCAUGGAAGUUUCGAGACUCCUUGUCACUGCAAAUCACUUGUGACAUGUAAAGGUGUGACGCCAACACUGUAUAAAUGUGGGUUCAUGUUUGGCGAUGCCAUUGCAAUCAAUGCACUGAAUACACGAAGGACGUGCGCCACCUUUGCAAAACAUUUGAAGAGCGUUAUACAAUCGCAUUAUUUCAAAACUCUAUUUGAAAUCAUUGACAACUUCAUGUUCACAAUUCGCGCACCUUUCAUAUGGACCUUGCUAGCCCUCUGGUCGCUCUCGCUCCUGUACCUGCUGCACAUCGCCGUCGUCCGCCUCGACGUCCUGAGGAUACGCUCCCACCUGAGAUCACCCUCAAGCCACCGCAUCGCCGCGCAGUCGCUCCUCGCCGCCGCACGCGUCAGGGCGCUCGCCAACGUCAAGUACUUCUCACCGUAA